AUAAAGCAUCCCUGGGUUCAAUCCUCAGUACUGCCCAAAAAAGAAAGAAAGAAAGAAAAGAAAAGGCUGGGUGGUACCAGGCUUCUAGAGCCUUCUAUGUGGAUCUGAAGUCAGGAAACAGUGGAGGUUUGGGGGAUGGUGAAUGUGGAAGAUGGUAUAGCAAUUCCAAUGAGAAAUUGUCCACUGUUAAUCUGAGAAAUGUUGACACAGCUGUCCCUCGUGACCUUACCUCCGGUAGGGAGGAAUGCCAGCAAUCCAUCCUCAGAUAGAUUCCCACCUUCCUCCCCCCUUUGGCCCUCACCAGCUUCACCUGUUACCUGGGGAAAUCAGCCCUCGCCUGCCAAUUCCUGUUGUCACUUAGUUGGGACCAUGUCGCAGCUGUCCGUCCAUUCCUGCCGUGGGCUCUGAAGAGCUAGACUCCUCUGCAAUGUGUGGUCAUCUGAAGAGAGGGGUGGGCAGACUGGGGACAUGAUAGUCACAUGGUUCCUGGUUCUUGGCUGUGCUGUCACAUAGUCACCCUUCAGAGGGACAGUGGUUAUCUGUUGGUCUCACUGUACACAUGAAGAAAUGAGGCUCUGAGAGGUGUGAUGGUCACCCAGGGUCAGGAGGGUAGCAGCUGCCGCCAUGCUUCAGGGCCCCCAGCUGUGUUUCUCCAUCUGGCUGGUGCUCUGCACCCCUGGACUGCCCCCUAGGACUGAGAAGGGUACCCCCCCCCUGCCCGGCCCAGCUCAUCCACCCCAGAGCUUCUGAUACACGUGUCCAUAGUAAGAAAAAACUGACACUCUUAAAAGGAAGUGAGGGGCAUUGGGUUAGCCCAGCCCAGCUGGCCUCCGCCCACUUCACCCUGGGCUGGUUCCAAGAGUGUGAGGCUGCAGAGAUCCUGGAGCCCGCUCCUACUCCAGGGCAGAGUGGACACACUGUCCAGAAUGGAAUCUGGGACACAGGGUACAGGGAGAAGCCGCCCCAGCUGAGGAGCAACUGCUAUCAUCUUUGUCCUCCCCUGGGAGGGACUUAAAACCUUGUCAGGUGGUGGGUAAAGCCCUGGGAGGGGCUGGGAGUGUCUCUGAUGAGCAGUGGUACUGCAGGGGCGCCAAGGCAUCUUAGCUGAGAAGGAUGCUCAGAGACUGACUCUGACUUUGGUGAUGUAACACAGCAGGAGAAUCAGCGCUCUUCUUCUUUCCUUAAAUAGAAAUGGAAUUUGUCACAUUUUCUUCUUGGAGGCCCAAAGACCAUAGGACGUGCGUGCUUGCUCACUCUGCGAUGUGCGUGCAGAUUCCACAGUUGGGAGUGGGAAGCCCCUAGCAGGCCCAGACAAUUGGUUCAGCCUUCAGUCUCCAUGGGCCCCAAACCUAGCUGGUGGCUCCUGGUCCCCUGCCAGGGUGGAGGGAGGGGGCAGCCUUGGGAGCUUCGUGUCUUUGGCACCCAAGGCCUCCUCCGCCAUGCCCACCCCGCCUCACAAAGAUAUCUCUGUGUUGAGGGACUGUGGAUUUUCUCUGGGCCCUGGAAAUUUACUGGGCCUGGAGCUCUCUUUACAAAGGACCUGGAGGAAGAGGGGAAGGUCAACACCCCACUUUCCCGAGCAGCCUCUGCAGGCGCCACGGUAAACACCACCCCUCCCAGCCUGGGAGGUUCUUAUUUGUGGUUACACCUGCCCUCUCCCUGGGAAGUCCCUCCCCCUAGACUUUGGGAACCUCAAAAGUCAGGACGCACACCCUCUGCGGCCAGUCCUUGUGCUGGUGGCUGCAGAAAGGAAGAACAUGUGGGAGAAAAGACCUCCCCGGGGCCCAGCCCUGCUCCUUCUGGGACAAGGGUGUUUCCCACCUGAAGACCACAAGCCAGGUCCUGAGUGCUGUCCCUGAGCUGAGUACCUGCGGCCAGCCUGUCCUCAUGGAGAAAGGACUCACUUUGCCCCAGGACUGCCGGGACUUUGUGCAGAGCCUGAGGAUGAGGAGCAAAUAUGCCCUUUUCCUGGCUUUUGUGGUGGUGGUUUUUGUCUUCAUUGAAAAGGAAAACAAAAUCAUAUCAAGAGUCUCUGACAAGCUGAAGCAGAUCCCCCAAUCCCUGGCAGACGCCAACAGCACCGACCCAGCGCUGGUCUUGGCCGAGAACGCGUCCCUCCUGUCCCUGAGUGAGCUUGACGCGGCCUUCUCGCAGCUGCAGGGCCGCCUGCACAACCUCAGCCUGCAGCUGGGUGUGGAGUCGGCGGCGGAGGCCGUCGGGGAGCGGCAGCAGGAGGAGCCCUCGCAGCCUGCCAGGGCCGGGCACCGUCGCCACGUGCUCCUCAUGGCCACCACCCGCACGGGCUCCUCCUUCGUGGGCGAGUUCUUCAACCAGCAGGGCAACAUCUUCUACCUCUUCGAGCCGCUGUGGCACAUCGAGCGCACCGUGUCCUUCGAGCCGGGAGGUGCCAGCGCCGCGGGGUCGGCGCUGGUCUACCGCGACGUGCUGAAGCAGCUCUUCCUGUGCGACCUGUACGUCUUGGAGCACUUCAUCAGUCCCCUGCCUGAGGACCACCUGACGCAGUUCAUGUUCCGCCGCAGCUCCAGCCGCUCCCUCUGCGAGGACCCGGUGUGCACGCCCUUCGUCAAGAAGGUCUUUGAGAAGUACCACUGCAAGAACCGCCGCUGCGGCCCCCUCAACGUGACGCUGGCGGCGGAGGCCUGUCGCCGCAAGGAGCACAUGGCCCUCAAGGCCGUCCGCAUUCGGCAGCUGGAGUUCCUGCAGCCGCUGGCCGAGGACCCCCGGCUGGACUUGCGCGUCAUCCAGCUGGUGCGCGAUCCCCGGGCCGUGCUGGCCUCCCGCAUGGUGGCUUUUGCGGGCAAGUAUGAGACGUGGAAGAAGUGGCUGGCGGAGGGACAGGACCGGCUGCAGGAGGAGGAGGUGCAGCGGCUGCGGGGCAACUGCGAGAGCAUCCGCCUGUCGGCCGAGCUGGGCCUGCGGCAGCCCUCCUGGCUGCGCGGGCGCUACAUGCUGGUGCGCUACGAGGACGUGGCGCAGCAGCCACUGCAGAAGGCCCGCGAGAUGUACCGCUUCGCCGGCAUCCCGCUGACCCCGCAGGUGGAGGACUGGAUCCAGAAGAACACCCAGGCGGCCCUCGAUGGCAACGACAUCUACUCCACGCGGAAGAACUCCUCGGAGCAGUUCGAGAAGUGGCGCUUCAGCAUACCCUUCAAGCUGGCCCAGGUGGUGCAGGCCGCCUGCGGCCCUGCCAUGCGCCUCUUCGGGUACAAGUUGGCCCGGGAUGCUGCCUCCCUCACCAACCGCUCCUUCAGCCUGCUGGAGGAGCGCGGCACCUUCUGGGUCACGUAGGGAGCCUGGUGCCCCGUGGACCCCUCCUCCUGAAAGGUCUGCCCGCCUUCCUCACACCCAGGCCAGCAGGGAGACGCAUCCCUGGCAGAGGGCAGUGGGAAGCUGCCCUGAACGCAGGCAGCCCCUGCUGUAGCACUAGGCCCCAGCCAGCCAGUUUGCUCAACCCCAGGGCCGCCCUGGGGUCUCCUGCCCAGAACAGGACAGUACCUUCCCUCCAGGGCCUGCAGUCUCCUGAGCAGACCCCAGCCUAUUGGCAGGUCCCCGUGCCCGUCUCUCCUGCACACACAGAAAUGUACAUGAAAAACGCAUUAAGGCCUGGGAGCUCUUUGGGCCAGGGGCCAAAGAUUUAACAACCAGCAGGGGCGUGGGCCCUGACCAGCCGCUCAGACCUCCUUUUACAUGCUCAGUGUUAACCUUUUCCUUUCUGGAUUGUGGGGAAGCCUGGAACCUGGGUGAGUCCUUGGAGAGGAAAUAGAGCAGCCCAGAGGUGGGGUACUGGAAGCUCAUCAGGUGACUAUGUAGUUUACCAUCCAGUACAAAAUAAUCUGCUCUUUUAAUAAACAGGAUCGGGGUGCUGGUUCCUGAUGAAUGUCAGCCCUGCACAGAACUGCAAGACACACACAGGCGUGCACACGGACAGAAAAACAUCAUCGAACAGGUCCACGCGCACGAGUGGGCAUAGAAAGGUUUCCCCAUUCCUUUCUGCCCACAGGAUUCUUCUGUGUCGCAUCAGAGAGAGCCCUUUGAUGACAUUCUUAGGAUUAUUUGGAGGGACAGGGGAAGGAAAAGUGUUCAAGGGCAAUGACCAUUCCCUGACCAGGUGUGGAACUGAACGGUGGACCAAGAACUGCCUAGCCCACCACCCCUGCCUGCUGGAGCUUGUGCCUACCUCCUAUGACCUGUCCACGUCCCAUGGCUGGCAGGCAGGACAUUUUGAGAAGAUGUGGCUGGUCCUCAUGUGACUGCAGACCCAAAGCCCCAUGUAGCUCUUGCCUGGCUCCCUGGGAGCAUGUCUUUAGUUGAAGACUGCCUUAGGCCCAACUGGCAGAAGCAACUUUGGUCCCUGGAGGUAAAGACAAGUGACAGUUUCUGCCAUUUCCAGCCAGGCCUCAUCUGGAGCAGAGCCAAGAAGUUUGGAGUGUGGUGGCGGGGAGAAGUCCCAUCAGGACACAUUCCUCCCCUGAGGAGCCUGCCUGCUCCCCGGGUGGAGGGAGGUCAGCCAGCUGGUUGCCAUGGUUACAACUAGUGUCCAAAGGAAUUCCUCCUUUAGGGUUCUGAGAAGAGUCUUGCUCCACUCAGGAUGGGCUGGGUGCUUUACUUAGGGCUUUUUAAGUUAUUUAUGGCUUGGUGUCUUUCUUGUUUUGUGGCUGUUUUUGGUUUUGUUCUGCUGCUGACAAGCUGUCUGGACUUGAGGGCCUGGUGGGGGAGGCUGGGAAAACCAGCAGGGAGCACAUGUCUCCUGGCAGAGGGAGAGGGGUGCCUUCCCCAAGAGGACUGGAGAAGAGGUGGCACAUGGCAGCCCUCAGUGCCCCAUGGGAUUUUCUGUGUGAACCCCACAUAGAACAAAUCUCAGAAGCCACCAGUAUUCUUGCUGGUGUCUAGGGCAGUGUGGAAUGAGUGACAGCCCUCGCUCCCUCCUGGAGAAGAGGCUGAAUCUUAUCCCACAUUUCCUAAGGGGGACAAGGACUCAAACCUGUUAGCAAGUGGCUGAACGCAGAGUGCAAACCCUGCCCCACUCCCACUCCAAACCCAGGAGCAGAAGCCAGGAUGGCCUUGGAGCUUGCAGAAGCUGCCUGGUUCACGAGGACUGCCCUCCUCGUUCGUACUUCCUGGACAGCCUCUCCUCCAGAUACAGCCCCGUUAGACCCAAGGGCUGAGUUGGUUUCAGUAACACCGUCAGGUCGCCAGAAAAGCACAGCAUCGGAGUUCAGCUGGAGCUGUGGGGGGAAAGGCAGAGUGGCCUGGCAGGAAGCUGCCCUGUGUGAGGACGCUGACCAUCUUGUGGGAUUCAUUAUAAUCCACCUCUUUGAGCCACUGAGUCUCCAGCACCGUGGACUUCUGUUGUUCGAGCAGCCCUUUGCUUUAGAUGUUCUUCUCCCCCUCUAAUUUAGAUGUGCUGGUCCAAGAACAAGUUGGGUAGGGAGCUGACUCUUAUUUGGAGUCCAAAGGGAUACCAGCUCUGGAAACUUCAUCGUGGGGCUCCGUAGGGCCCAGAUGUUUCUUGCAGGCCCAGGAGUGCCAGCUGCUCUUCCCAGCCCCCAUUCUGUUCCUUGAAAGGGUGGUGGGGAGGGAUACCUCCAUGGGAGGCUCUUCCUAGGGGUCCUCUUGGUUGGACAGCAGACUUCUUCCUUCCUCCUGCAUCAAGGCCUCCGUCUCAGCUCUCUGAAGAUAGGACCAAGAAUGGACCUUUAGGAUUCUCAGGACAUUGACAAUGUGUAUACUGCAAGUUGACUUAAUUUAUUUAUUGUGUGAAAAGAAGCAACAGAAAAUAUUAUUGGCAGGGACUCAAAGCUAAACCCAAAUCAAGACAGACAAAUAAUAAUAAUAAUAGAAACCACCCUCGCCCCCCACACACAAGGACACCCACAGACAGUUCUGAAGGCAGGAGGGGACUAAGUCAACGUGCCAGCAGACAGUGGCCCCGAGGUACUGUUUAAGGAGGUUCCUUAGUUUUUCUCCUAGGGAUUUGAAAAUGUGACACGAGGGCCCUUUCUGGUUGCCUUUGCCCAGGUAUCUGACAGACUCUAGUGGGUGGUGGCCUUGACACUGAUCCCCGGGGGGCUCGGUAAUGCCAUGGGAGCGCUUCUGGUUUGGGGAAGGACUGUGGGGUUCACUGUUGGCUUCCCACUCUGUGGACAUGGCCAGGGUUGUGCAUUUGAGGUCUUCAGCACGGAGCUGGGAGGGAGAAGGUGGUCCAGCUGGUAUAUUGAGCAGAGGGUGCCCAGGAAGCCCAUCACAGUGGCAUCUUUUCCCACCAUCCCUGCUGUCUGUCGACCAUGGAAGGAGCAAGAGAUGACAGGUGCACCUGUCCUGAGCAAUAGGGAAGGAGAUAGAAGCACCCGAAGUCUGAUCCAAACCCCAACAGUCUCUUCCACCCUCCCCCAUGCCAUGACCUGUUUGAGGGGUCUGUCCCGUGAAGGACCGGAGCAGAAGACAAGCUGGCUGCCUCCUCAAGGCAGUCUGCUCCCACGCCCACCCUAAAGGCUGAAAGUGGAGGCAGGUCUCAGGAAAGGGAGAGAGAGGGGUUGGUGGGGCUGAGGACAGAUGUUAAAGACGCCAAGUGGCUCCUAUUGAUCUGCACAAGCAGGAAAAAGGAGCAUCCACUGAAAUCAGGAGCCCCGAGAUGGUGGAUUCGUUGCGAAGCUCCUCGGGAUGUGGUCCGGCGAGAUGGGAGGGAGGAGGCCCGGGUUUCCUGAAGGCCACCACAUCCGCCGUCAACUGCCCACAGUUUCAGAAAUAGUGGAAGUUAUUCUUUACCUCAAAAGCGUAAAGCAGAACUGGCAACUUCAAUGUCUCAAGAGCUAAGACCUUUUCACCUAGUGUCCUCUGGUGUCCUGUGAAGGACAAGUGGAUAUCUUUCCAAGGAUACAGACCUGGCGCCCUCCUCGUGGGCCUAGCUCAUGUUGCAGACCAGUUUAUUGGGGGGAUACAGUUCUUGCGUAGCCUCUCCCAUCUCUUGGGCUGGAACUGGGCACCCUGGGAUGUCUCCGUCUUAGCUGAGUAUUCUGGACCUGGUUUGCUCAAGUCCCUUGUUCCUUCUGGGAUCCACCAAACUCUGCCAGAACCUGGGUCCAGUAUCAUGGCCUGUUAAUUGUGUCCACGCAUUUGUGUAGGACAUCCUGCUCCACCUCUAGUGCCCCCCCACAUAGUUCCCAGCCCCUUUGCCAUCAUUGUCCCAGAUGUCCUUGUGGUGGCCACAGACAAUCUGCCAACUCCUGGAAAGGCCGGGGCUGCCCGUCAGACAGCUGGUGGUCACUGGCGCUCAGGGUCUGUUUUGUGGAAUGGAAUGUGAACCCAUCGCCCGAAGGCUUACUUGACUUAUUUAAUUAAAGCUGAAAACAUGCAAUGAGAAAA